AUGACAUCCGCGUCACUUCAGACCGAGGCUAGGGAUGGAACCCUCACUCGAACCUCGCUCAAGGAUUACUUGAAGCUUGUCGACAUUGAUGUGCUUGAUGAUCGUGGCAACACCGCACUUUCCAUGGCCAUCCGACACGGCCAUGUUGGUGCCGUCAAGCUCCUCUUGCAGAGCGGGGCCGAUCCCAACCGAAAGAUUUGGGAUGGCAGAGCACCUCUCUACCUGGUCUCCUUCGCCAACGACAAUAGAGCACGAAUCGGCCAGCUCUUGAUUGAGCAUGGUGCGAAGGUAAAUGAGAGCCUGACAGAAUGGGGUAAUGAAACCGCACUCAUGGCGGCCAUUACACACGCUCGAGAUCCCGAGUUGGUUCAACUGUUAGUUGAGAAGGGUGCCUCUACAGCCGCGAAAAACGAUCGGGGAGAAACAGCAAAUGAUCUCGCCCGUCAAUCCACCAAUCCCAAUAUGUCCAGGGCAGUUCUCCCCAAGGAUCAGCAAGGCAACUUUUUGCCGGGAUUAUCACAAGUCUUGGCGAAUGCUGGCAUGCUGGCACUUAACUUCUUCCCUCAGUACAAGGAUGCUAUACAGAAUGCGUACAAGGACGUUGCCACCUAUUCAAACCAGCAGGCCAAUCCUUCACAGAAGAAGGACAUCGAGGAACCCAAAACCGAGGAUGAUUUCAAGCUGGUUCUGCUAAAUUUCGUCGAGGAUACGGGCCUGGAGGAUUUCUAUCCGGCUAACAGCCCUACCGUGGCUGCUGUGGCGCGAAAUGCAGUUGCACUUCAAAAUGAUCCUACAAAUAUCUUUACGACGGCCUCGGCAAUCACAACAUUGGCCAUGGCUGCCUUAUACCGGCCUAUCUUCUACUGCGAUGACAGCGGAUCCAUGGAUCCUACUGUGAAUAAAAAGAAGGAAGAUCGAUGGAGUAGUCUGAAGACGGUGGUGAAAGAGAUGGCUGAGGUCAUAACUAAACUUAAGGAGCCUGGGAGGAGGAAGGCGGACCUUCGCUUCAUUAAUACGCCGCAGAAUGGGGGCAAUGACAUUCCGUCCGAUCAGCUGACUGAUCACUUUAAUUUCAACCCAAGAGGAGGGACCGAGCUCGGUGGUAAAUUGAAAGCCAAUGUUCUUGAUGCGUAUAUAUAUGAUCCCAUCAAUUCGGGAAAAUCACUGGCGGAGCCACUCCUCAUCAUUACAAUCACCGACGGAUGUCCAGAAGGAGGAACAGAGACCGUGGAUACCUUCCGCAAUGUGGUCCAAGACUGUGCCACAUGGGUUGUUGACCCUAGUCGUGGCUACGAUAAGAAGGCUGUCAAACACAGUCUCAACCAGAUAGGAACUGACGAAAAAUCGAAAGAAUUCUUGCAAGGGUUGAUUGACAAUCCUGUUGCCGAUGAUGUCCUCCAUGUCGCAGUGGAACAGCUCGAUGUGAACCCAGAUUUCCGUGAUAAUUAUCAGCAGCGCUUGACAUGGGAAAACCUUGAGAAAGAAAGUUUAGGUCAGAUAUUCCGCGGUCGACUGCAAAAAUGGCUAAUUGACCACCUAGCAUGGGUUUCAUCUGCGUAG